CAAGAUUUUAUCGCUAGAAGUCAGAUAGAUUCAAAACAAAGCAAAGAAAUAGAUUAAAAAUGAAUUGUUAUUAAUAACGUUAAUGAAAAGAAAAGUGCUGUGCAGAAAGCUUUACAACCAAGUUUUAGGAAAAAGAAAUAUGGCCUGGCGAUGUGGAGGUGGAUCAAACAACGAGUUGGUGGAUAAUCUGUUUAAACAUAACAUCAUACAAUCAAAACAGGUUUUGGAUGUGAUGAAAAGUGUUGACCGUGCAAAUUACUGCAAGAGCGACCCAUAUGAUGAUUCUCCUAAAAGGAUUGGAUUUGGAAUCACUAUCAGUGCCCCGCACAUGCACGCGCAUUGUUUAGAAUUACUCAAGGAUAAUCUUAAACCAGGAAUGAAAGCUCUUGAUGUCGGAUCAGGUAGUGGAAUACUUACUGCUUGCAUGGCUAUGAUGGUUGGGCCUAGUGGCAAGGUGGUCGGAAUAGACCACAUAUCUGGCCUAGUUGAGAUGUCCAAAGAGAAUCUCCUACGUGAUGGUAAGGAAUCCCUUUUAACCAAUGGUCAGCUUCAGCUUGUUGUAGGAGAUGGUAGACAGGGAUACAGUUCUGGAGGUCCAUAUGAUGCCAUACAUGUUGGUGCCGCGGCUCCAACACUUCCCCAACAUUUAGUUGACCAGCUGGCCCCUGGAGGUCGUCUUAUUAUUCCUGUAGGUCCUGAAGGAGGUCAUCAGACGCUAGAUCAGAUAGAUAAAGAUAGAACUGGAAUUAUAUCAAGAAAAACCUUAUUUGGCGUAAACUAUGUUCCUUUGACCAGCAUUGAAAAACAAUUGGGAGAGUAAAGCAAGAUUUAUGUACUGUGCAGGAAGUCUUGAAAAAAAAACAUGCCAAUAUAAGAAAUAUUUCAAUCCAUGGAUCAAUUGAAAAUCAUUAAAAAAAUCAUGAUUUAUGAAGGAAAGUCUUUGCUAAGUUUACUCAUUAGUCCGAUAUCCAUAAUGCAUAAAGCUAUAAUUGUUUAUUUAGUAACUGUAGUUAAAACUAGUUAAGAGAAAUAGUUUGGGGUGGGCGAUUUUAGAAGAAAGAGAAUUUAGAAAUAAUAAUUUUAAAUCUGAAAAUGCAGAAAAAUGUUUAACUACUUUUUAGGGGGAAACAUCAUUUUUCAGAGAGGUCAAGUUCAUCUUUUACCUAACACCUAUUUUUAAUCUUUUCCAAAAAUCCCAGGGGUACAAGAGGACUUGCCCCCCCCCACACCCUCUGUGUUACGAUUCUGCUAGUUUUGAUGUGCUGUGAUAUGUGAUGUUCCCUUCUUAUGAAUUCUUUGUAAGAUCAAAGAAAAAAAUGUUGAUUUUUAUGCUUGUAAUUUUUCUAAUUGGGACACAUUUACUUAUAGAAAAUUUAUGAAUUUAAAGCACAAAAUAAAGAAUAAAAAUGCUUAA